AUGGACAAUACAAGGAAUCUUUUAUAUGCUGGCGUUUUGUUGGCUAUCAUAUGUUGUUGUUAUGGGCAAGUGAAGCCAAAGGAGUGCAAUCUGUACCAAGGAGAAUGGGUUUUUGAUGAGUCUUACCCUCUUUUCGACUCCUCGAAAUGCCCUUCGAUUCGCAAAGAGUUCGACUGCUUAAAGUACGGCCGACCGAACCGCGACUACCUCAAAUUCAGAUGGCAACCGGCCAAUGGCUGUGAAUUACCAAGAUUUGAUGGGAGAGAUUUUUUGAGGAGAAUAAAGGGCAAAAAGGUAAUUUUCGUGGGGGACUCGGUGAGUGGGAAUCAAUGGCAAUCGCUGGUGUGCCUUCUCCGUGAUGCCGUUGGGGAAGCGAAUGUCAUCACCGAUGCGAGUAAUUCAAUGCCUACGGUCACGUUUAAGGAGUAUGAUGUGUCAAUAUCAGUGUUUCUAUCGCACUAUUUAGUGGACAUUAGCACAAAAGAAGGGGUUGGGCGGGUGCUGAAUUUGGACUCUAUAAAAGAUGGGGAGACUUGGAAACAGGCCGACCUAUUGAUUUUCAACACGUGGCUUUGGUGGUAUCGCAAUGGACCUAAGCAACCAUGGGAUUAUAUUGAAAAUGAUGGGAAGAUAGUGAAGGACAUGGACCGCAUGGAAGCCUUUCGUAAAGCUCUAAUCACAUGGGCCGAAUGGGUCAACUCUCACGUCGACCCUUCUAAAACCACGCUUUUCUUCCAAGGAAUCUCCCCAUCCCAUUACAAUGGGAGAGACUGGAAUGAUCCCGGAACAACCGAUUGCUCGAAGGAGACGAAACCGCUAAACGGGUCGACGUAUCCAGGUGGCGAGCCACAAGCCUUGCAUGUCUUGAAACAGGUGUUGAGUAGCAACGUAUCCCCGUCUAAGCCGGUGCGUUUGCUCGACAUCACGACCCUGUCCCAGUUGAGGAAAGACGGGCACCCGAGCAGGUACAAUGGCUUCAGGGCCAUGGACUGCACCCAUUGGUGCGUGGCCGGCGUUCCCGAUACGUGGAACAACCUUCUCUAUGCCGAGCUGGGGAUUCAACAAAUAUGA